UCAUUAAUUGCAGGAGAUGUUAGGGGAGCUCUUUACACCCAUCGAGACCCCUGAGGCUCAGAACCGUGGCUUUCUCAAGGGCUUUUUUGGUGGCAACGCCCAAACCUUCGACCGAGAGGAGUUGUUUGGUGAGGCAGCAGCGGGUAAGGCGUCCCGCAGCCUGGCACAGCACAUCCCAGGACAGGGUGGAAUGGAGGGCAUGAAGGCGGCAGCAGGCGGGGUGGUGGGAGAACUGGCCCGAGCUCGCAUUGCCCUGGACGAGAGAGGACAGAGGCUGGGGGAGCUGGAGGAGAGGACCGCGCUGAUGAUGACCAGUGCCGACACCUUCUCUAAACACGCUCACGAGCUGAUGCUGAAAUGCAAAGACAAGAAGUGGUAUCAGUUUUAGAGGAUCCUCGGGGAGGGUGCGUUUCAUGCUCGUGCCACAAGAGGGUGCCACUCUGGUACUUGGACUUUCACUCUUUAAAAGAGAGAGAGCAAGCCAGACUGAUGGACCAAGAGGGACUUAAGGGCUGUUCAGCUUCUCUUCUGUCUGUGUAUAGGAUUGUCUUACUCUUAUUGGUUGAAAAGGCUAAGACAAGAUUACGAUACAAUGGACAUGUACCAUUAGCAUUUAAGAGUAAGAGGGGUUCCAUACCC